AUGGGCCUCGCCAGAAUCCUCCUCAAGGCCAUCAUCAUCCCCGUCGUGCUGAUUAUCCUCCUGGGGGCCCUCAUCUGGUUUCUUGUCAAACGUCACCGCGAGAAGAAACGUGAGAAAGCCCUAGAGGGCCAACACUUCCAGCAUUUCCAAGCACCUCCUAUCACCCAGUGGGCCACCGGUCCCCAUCCAACCUCCCCGGCGCCCAUGCUCAAGCCGGAGCCCAUCUACUAUCCCAUGCAACAACCGUUGGACCCUCGAGGGCAGUAG